UACCUGCCCUUCUGUACCUGUCUCCUGCCUGGCCACAGCUACUGCUUUGGCUCAUCAGGACAGUGGUGGGAGAUGCUGCUGCUCCUUCUGCUCACAAAUGCUUUUGUGCUUCUGCCCUGGGCUGGGGCUGGAAGGAUCAUUGGUGGAAGUGAAGUUAAGCCCCACUCCAGGCCCUACAUGGCUCAUUUAGAAAUUAAAAAUAACUCCCAAACUGGUUACUGUGGAGGGUUCCUGAUUCGCCCAGACACAGUGCUCUCAGCAGCUCACUGUGUGGAUAUAGAAGGGACAGUGAGGGUCACAGUGAUUCUGGGAGCCCACGACGUGACCAGGCAAGAGCGGAGCCAGCAGAAGAUCCGUGUUGGACAAUGGGUCAUCCAUCCUGAAUAUUCCCCAGAUGACUUAAAAAAUGACAUUGUGCUGCUGAAGCUGAAGACAUUGGCCAAGAUCAACGACAAUGUACAAUGUAUCUCCAUUGCCAGGAGAAAUGAACAUCUAAGAGAAGGAGCUUUAUGUAGGGUGUCUGGCUGGGGCUUGACAUCUGACAAAGGAAACAGGAGUAAUGUGUUGAGGGAGGUGAAACUGCAGGUGCAAAAGGAGAAAAUAUGUCAGCAGCGUUCCAGUGACUACCAGCGUCAGUCCAUGAUCUGUGUUGGUGAUGAAUGCAGUAAAAAAGCAUCUUACCAGGGUGAUUCUGGUGGCCCAUUAGUCUGCAAGAAGAAGGCUCAUGGCAUUGUUUCUCAUGGAUAUGACGACCACCUCUUCCCUGAGGUAUUCACCAGGAUCUCAUACUUUGAACCCUGGAUACGUGAGCAGCUGAGGAGAUUUGCACUCCAAGAUAUUCCUUGCUCUCCAUCCUCUGAUUAAAAUGCUAAGUGCCCUUCUCCACAAUGCAUCAAGAAGCCCCCAGGGGCAGCUGAAGUGAAGUCAAAGAAGUCCCCGUGGUGCAGGCACAGCUUUGGCACUGAGGAGAGUGUCCAUGGCAAGGUCCAAAUGCAGGUCCCAAGUACAGCCAGCUUCCCAGUGCUCCCUUCCUCCCACUGCUGCUCCAGCUCUGCUUCUGGCCAUCAAUAAAAGCAUGUUCAAACUCUGUUGUGUCUGCAGCCUUCUUGGGAGCUGGAUGCAAACCCUGAGUGGGAGCAUGAGGAGAUGACACUCUGGGAGAUGCUGGGCAUAGGUGGGACAUGCAGGACAGGUCUCUGUCCCCAAAUGCUUCCCUUGUCUCCAUCAGCCUCUUGCAGUCCAGCCAGCAGGCACAGCCUGUACAGAACAUUUAUCCAGGCUUUCAGAAACAGAGGCAUCUCCACCUCCAAAGGGAGAUCAGAUGGGUUUCCAGUACCAAUCUGAACCCCUCUUAGGAUGCUUAGACAGACUAAAGACCAGCCAACCUGUUUACAGCUCUUUACA